AUGGCCCGAAGGCAAUCUCAUGAAAUGAACAACGAAAUGAACAUAAAUCCACAGAAGAUGACGGCCUUGAACCAGGUGUCAGCCCCGCCAUCAUCAUCACCAUCAUCAUCAGCAAGUUCGAAGAGGCUGGGUCACGCAGCCACCCCGGAGAAAAGACCCAAUAGCAAGAUUCGGAAGGAGCAAAACCGUCUCGCAGCCCAAAAGUACCGGUUUAGGAGAAAGCAGCGGCUCUCUUUACUCAACCAACUCCUUGAUUAUCCAGAGACGGCAGGAAAUCAACCAUCUACACCGAAAUCGGACUUCUGUUCAGAUUACAUACCAACAGUUUCAUCUACUGCCGAGCCUAGUAUCAGUACUCUCCAAAACGUGGCUGUCCCUGAUUCCGGAAUAAGAUACCUUGACGGGGGCUUUGGUAGCUUUGAAACAUGUGACAAUCAUGCUAUCCAGUAUUUUUCAUCCCCAUCAACUGAAAGAAUUUUGCUCGAGGCAGGCGCCGAUCAUAUUGCACCCUAUUCGUCCUGGGCCUCGCUCUCAAACACGUUAGAACUAUCAUCUAUCCAACAGCCACCGUCCUUAAUGAUUGGGGUGGCUGCUCCAUCUCUAUAUGAGAAUGUUCAAGGCGGACAACAAAAUAACCCAUUAACGGAUCCGGUUCCUGACGAAAACCUUACAGCAGAUCCGGUAUCUACUGUUCUUGGUAUCAUCCAACGCUUGCCCUUGUCUCAAAAGCGCCAGAUAUUGAGUACACUGCUAAUUGAGGCUGACGAUGAGAUUGGCAAAAACUCUGAAUCCCAGCAAAUAUCUCAAUUCAUCCCAUUCUCAUCAGUGGAUCACGUCGAAUCUCGUGACUCACGAAGAAUACUAAUUCGCAUAAAGAGAGAAGUCCGGAUGUUUGAGGCCAAGCUUAGGAACACCCUGGCUUGCCACUCCUCUUUGCCCGACCCAAGAGUGAAUCUGAUCAGAGUCAUUAACUCCAACUUCUACCAAGCUAUUCUUUCAAACUCAGAGGCUAUCGGUCUCUUCAACUGCGAAGUUCUCAAGAACGACGGCCUUUCGCCGUUUAGCAUUGACCACGAAAAGGGAUAUCCCCAAGAUGAACUUGAAGUCGCCCGUGCUCGGUUUGCGGCUCAUGUACCGCCAGGUCUGGCACCUUGUGAUGCGCAACUUAAACACGCACACCAUCCUUACCUCGACAUUAUCCCUUUCCGUGAAUUUCGGGAGAGGGCUGUGGCAGCAUUGGCAUGUGACCCCCCUCUAUUUUGCGAGGAGAUGAUGUGCAAGGACAUGGAUGCCGAGGGUUUGGUAUGCUGGGGAGGUUCGCCUGCAGAUCAAGAAAGCACGGCAAAUCGAGGCAUGGAGAUGGAAGUGCCAUGGGACCCACGUAGCUGGGAGCCGAAGGAAUGGUUUCUGCAAAAGUACUGGUUCUUGGUAGGGGGAGAAGAUGGAGAAAUGCGCACCAGUGCGCGGCUUUGGGCUCAACGAAGACAGUGA